UGUACCGAUCUGCCGUUUCCUCCCUCUCGCCGUCCCCUGCCCGAGUAGCGCUAAGGUGAGGACUCGGCGGUGCGGGGCUGAGGCGGAAGGACGUGUCCCGGGGACAGUGUGUAGAACACCCAGGGCGGACGGGGUACGGCGCCCCCAGGCUUCAGAACCCAACCCAGCUGCCGCGCUCCCGAGCCACUGAACAAGCAAUCCCAGCCAUUUUCGCCGCGCAGGAUGGCUGUUCUUCUGAAGAGGCUAACGCUGCAAACCUCAAUUGGAAGAUGUUUCAGAAAACCCAUUGUGAAGCCAGACCCGGCACAGCUGUCCCUUGCUGCCUCCACCACGAAGCUCGUGCAUCUCACCUUUGCCAAAGGUUUCAGUACUGCUGGAGACGCCCACAGUGAGAAGAGACAGAAGAGGAAAGAUGCUUUUACUAACACUGGAAGGAAAAUCAGUGAGCGGAUUAUCCGCGUCCUGGAUGAAAAAGGCAGUGACCUGGGACUGAUGCACCGAGCCGAUGUGAUCAGACUCAUGGACAAGCAGGACUUGAGGCUGGUGCAGAGGAACACCAGCUCAGAGCCGCCAGAGUACCAGCUCAUGACCGGAGCACAAAUCCACCAGGAGCGGCUCAAGCUCCGGGAACAGGAAAAGGCCACCCCAAAAGCUGGACCAGCUGUGACAAAGGAACUCAUGUUUUCUUCAAAUAUUGGACAGCAUGAUUUGGACACAAAGAGUAAACAGAUUCAACAGUGGAUUGAGAAAAAAUACCAUGUUCAAGUCACAAUAAAGAAGGGGAAAAAUGCAGACCAGCCAGGGAAUGAGCCGGAUGAGAUAUUUAACCAGAUUCUCCAGACUAUGCCUGGAAUAGCAACCUUCUCAAGCAGACCGAAAGCCAUUAAAGGAGGAACGGCCUCCACAUGUGCUUUUCGUCCCUUAAGCAAGAAAGAAGAGAAGGCAUACAGAGACUCUCAGGAGGCGGAGAGAAGACAUACUCUGAGCAAGGAUAACAGAAACACGGAAUCAGAAGUUCUGUGUCACUGACUUUAAUAAAAAAGUCCAAG